UCAAUCUAUUUGUUUUUUCUUUCCUCUCUUUUCUUCCCACUUUUAUUUUACACCAUUCAAACACUUCCUUAAUCUUCUUCUUCAUCAUCCACAUUUACUCUUUAUUUUCUCUAAUGAUCCAAUAAUGGUAACCCCAUUUUUCUCUCUGUUUGCUUUCACCAUUCUCAUCUGUUAUCUGUCCGUUAAAGUCUCCGGCGAAACUGACGGCGAUACGACGGCGUUUGACUUUGGUACACUUACUCUUACUAGCUUAAAACUACUUGGUGAUGCACACAUAAACAAUGGAAGUGUACACCUCACACGUGACCUUCCCGUGCCAAAUUCCGGCUUCGGACGAGCGUUUUAUGCCCACCCGGUAAAGUUCCGGCAGCCGGAGAAUAAUUUUCCGGCGAGCUUUACUACUUUUUUUUCAUUCACUAUCACAAAUCUCAACCCAUCUUCGAUUGGUGGUGGGAUUGCUUUUCUCAUUUCCCCUGAUGAUGAUUCAAUGGGUAUUCCUGGUGGGUAUUUGGGUCUUACCCGAGAUUCAAACCCGGGUUUUAUUGCAGUUGAAUUUGAUACAUUAAUGGAUGUUGAGUUUAAAGAUAUUAAUGGAAAUCACGUGGGUUUAGAUCUUGGAUCAAUGGUUUCAACCCAUGUUGGUGAUUUAGACUCCAUUAAUAUCGAUUUAAAGAGUGGUGAUCUAAUUAAUGCUUGGAUUGAUUAUUCUGGGUUAACCCAAAUGUUUAGUAUCUCAAUUUCUUACUCUAAUCUUAAACCUAAACAACCCCUUCUUUCAUUCGCUCUUGAUUUAGAUGAUUUUGUGGGUAAUCAUAUGUUUGUAGGUUUUUCUGGGUCUACACAGGGGAGUACUGAAACUCAUAGUAUUGAAUGGUGGAGUUUCUCAUCUUCUUUUGAAUCCCCAAAUUUAGAACCAUCGAUCCUCUCACCCUCACCUUCAUUGAUACUUCCGCCGCCGCUAACGCCGCCAUUUACGGUUCCUGAUAAAACAACUACUCCGCCAGCGAUUUCGCCGUCAGGAUCAAAAUCAAUGGUAUCGGAAAAAAGAUCAAAUUCCUGUGAUAAUCAGCUAUGUAAGCGGAAUCCAGCAGCAGUAGCCGGAGUAGUAACAGCAAGUGCCUUCUUAUUAGCAAUCUUUGGAGGGAUUCUCUUCUGGGUUUUCACUAAGAAAUCAAAGCUAAACUUCCCUAAAAGCUCAAGCUCUUGUUCAUUAGCAACUGAUAUAAUCAAAAUGCCUAAAGAAUUCAGCUAUAAGGAGCUAAAUUAUGCUACCAAAAGGUUCAAUUCGAGUCAGGUUAUCGGGCAUGGAGCAUUUGGGACUGUUUAUAAGGGGAUAUUGCCUGAAACAGGGCAUGUAGUUGCUGUAAAAAGAUGUAGUAAUAACAAUGGAGGUCAAGGCAAGAAUGAGUUUUUGUCAGAAUUGUCAAUAAUUGGUACACUUAGGCAUAGAAAUUUGGUAAGACUUCAAGGAUGGUGUCAUGAGAAAGGUGAAAUUUUAUUAGUAUAUGAUUUAAUGCCAAAUGGGAGUCUAGAUAAAGCAUUGUUUGAAUCAAAUAUUGUAUUAAAAUGGCAAGAUAGAAGAAAAAUUUUACUUGGGGUAGCUUCAGCUUUGGCUUAUUUGCAUCAAGAAUGUGAGAAUUUGGUAGUACAUAGGGAUGUUAAAACAAGUAAUAUAAUGUUAGAUGAGAAUUUUAAUUCUAGGUUAGGUGAUUUUGGGUUAGCUAGACAAAUGGAGCAUGAUAAGUCCCCGGCCGCCACAGUGGCGGCUGGGACAAUGGGGUAUUUAGCCCCGGAGUAUCUCCUAACCGGUCGCGCCACUGAUAAAACUGACGUGUUUAGCUUUGGAGCGGUGGUGCUCGAGGUUGCGAGUGGUCGGAGACCGAUAGAGAAGGAAAAGAUUGGUGUCAAGGGGAAUGGGAAUGGGAAUGGGAAUUUGGUGGAAUGGGUGUGGGGGUUACACAAUGAAGGAAAUUUGUUGAGUGCUGCGGAUGGGAAGUUGAAUGGAGAAUUCGAUGAGGCGGAGAUGAGGCGGGUAUUGCUUGUAGGGUUGGCGUGUUCGCACCCGGAUACGAUGGCUAGGCCUACAAUGAGAUGUGUGGUGCAAAUGUUGGUUGGUGAUAGUGAGGUUCCUAUUGUGCCAAGGACUAAGCCUUCUAUGAGCUUUACAACUUCUCAACUUUUAUUAAGCUUGCAAGAUAGUGUUUCUGAUUGCAAUGCUAUGCUUACUAUUUCCACUUCCUCUUCAUCAUCGGAAAGGAAUUUGUUCCUACAUGGUGCUAUUUCUAGUGGUCAAGGUGGUGAUGAGCUUGUCUAAUCAAGGAAGCGUAUCAGACUUCGACUAAUCGUUCAAAAAUUGGUUCAGUUCGAAGUGUUUUAGACUUUGACUAAUUGUUCGAAAAUUGGUUCAAUUCGAAGCGUAUCAGAGUCUGAAUAAUCAUCAAAAAAUGGGUUCAGUUUAAAGCGUAUCAAAUUUGGGUACUAUAGGGUCCACUAUUAAAUAGUCCUAACAAGAAUUUUGUCACUUAUGUUAUACAUAUGAAAUAUAGGUUAAAUUUUAUUUUGGUGGAGUUUUAGAUAUAUUGUUUCAUUGAUUAUUAUGUAUGUAUACACAACUAAUAAUAAUUGAUGAUUUCCCUACAAAAGAAAAAAGGGGGAAAGUGUUGUAAUUUUAGCAUAAAGUUUUAUGACAUGUAAUGGGAUUAUGGGGGUACUAAGGGACCCUUGAUGGUGUAUCAUAGUUUUAACUUAUUAUUGAAAGAAUAACGUCUAUGAAAGGAAAAUGACUACCAAAGUUGACAAA